CGUAAGCAGCUGGCGCCAGCAGUGGUGAGGCAGCCGAGAGUAGUGGAUAAACCCUUUUCUCGCUUGCCUUGGUUCUUACGCACCAUGGCGGCCCCGGUCCAGCAGCCCAGCGGUGCAAAGCGCAAAGGGAAAGCUCAGUAUGUGCAGGCCAAGCGGGCGCGGCGCUGCGACGGCGGUGGGCCACGGCAGCUGGAACCCGGGCUUCAGGGCAUUCUCAUUACCUGCAACAUGAACGAGCGCAAGUGCGUGGAGGAGGCCUACAGUCUGCUUAACGAAUACGGCGACGACAUGUAUGGGCCGGAGAAGUUUACAGACAAAGAUAAGCAGCCCUCUGGAAGUGAAGGAGAAGAUGAUGAUGUGGAGGCUGCCUUGAAGAAAGAAGUUGGUGACAUUAAAGCAUCUACAGAGAUGAAGCUAAGAAGAUUCCAGUCAGUGGAGAGUGGAGCAAAUAAUGUAGUCUUCAUCAGGACGCUUGGGAUAGAACCUGAGAAAUUGGUACAUCAUAUUCUCCAGGAUAUGUAUGAAACCAAGAAGAAGAAGACUCGGGUUAUUCUACGAAUGUUACCCAUUUCAGGCACGUGCAAGGCUUUCUUAGAAGACAUGAAAAAAUAUGCAGAAACAUUUUUGGAACCCUGGUUUAAAGCUCCAAACAAAGGGACGUUUCAGAUUGUAUAUAAAUCUCGAAAUAACAGCCACAUGAAUAGAGAAGAAGUUAUCAAAGAAUUGGCAGGAAUAGUAGGCAGCCUCAAUUCGGAAAAUAAAGUAGAUCUUACCAAUCCACAGUACACAGUGGUAGUAGAAAUCAUUAAAGCUGUCUGUUGCCUCAGUGUUGUGAAAGAUUACAUGUUGUUCAGAAAAUAUAAUCUCCAGGAGGUGGUGAAGAGCACUAAGGACUCAUCACAGCUUAACCCAAAGCAGCCAGUACAAGCAGGAAAUGGGAAAGAAGCUAAAUUGGAAUCUGGUGACAUAUCAAAUCAAAAUGACCCAGCAGAAGGAAAAAAUGACCAGCAAGUGGUACCAGAAAAUAAUGAGGAGCCGGGGCAGAUGAAACCAAGAUCUGAGACACAGGAGGUGAAUGAGGGAGGGGCUAAGCCUGAACUUGAAAAUCAAGUCACAGAAGGAUCUGAGUCAAAUGAAAAUGACGUCUCAUAGGAAAAAAAAUCAUUUGAUGUUGCAGGUGGGUUUUUCUGAUGGCAUUUGGUGAGAUAUUGCUAGGAUUCCACAGAAAAUUGUGACAAAAUACAGUUUUUGAACUUAUGUGCUUUAUAAUGCUGUACUCAGAAUAGUGAACAAUGAUUGAGCAGCCCCAUUAACAGUUAUGUCGGAGAUCUUUUCAGCCCCAUGUGCCGGUGUGCAGUUAGGCUUACAUGAAUUUGGUUGAGCUGGGAGAAACUGUGGAUGAUUGGUGAGCACUUGCAUGGAGGGGUGGAUGACAGGAGGAUAAUGUUGGCCUCUCCUUCAUGAUUACUUUCCCCAGUCUCCCCUUCUGAACUGCCAUCUGACUUAACUGGAGCAAACAAACUCUGUAAAAGACACACUCCUAGGGAAAUUUUCAUUCUAAGGAAGGGAUUUUUACAUGUUGCAGUUCAGCUGUCCCCUGCCACUUUGUUGUAAACAUUGUAAAAACAUGUCUUCUGGGUUAGAAGUGAAUUGUUUUUGUGAAGUUUUUGUAUCUUUUUGUGAUUCUUACUUAGAGUUACUUUGUAACUCUUACUUAGUUAUUAUGCCAGAUUUUAUAUUCUAUCCGCCUUUGUUAGCAAACAAAUCUAAUAAUCGAGUGCUGCAGUUUUUGAAGUCAUGGUAUAAGAUAAAUGAGGACCAUUCUAGGCAUAGAAAUACAUUUCUGUUGAGGUUAGUGUUGAAGAAUUCGUUUUCUGUGAUACUUCCAUAUGUCAUGCAACAAGGGAUACAAAUUAUUUCUUUACAGUGAAAGCUCCUUUUCAGUGAUCUUAUAUGGAUUUAUACUCCAAGCUGUUCUCUUGCAUUGUACAUUGUCUAGCUGUUCUCUUGCAUUGUACAUUGUCUGUGGAAUGCAACUUACAAACCUAGCAUUUGCUCCAGCAAUUGUAACUAUAAAUCAUAGCCAUUUGAUAAGUAAAGAUGUCGAUUAUUUUAAAUGGCAUCUGUAAUAUCAAAACAGUAAACUUUUGUUUGAAAAAUCACAUUCAGCGGCACCUCAUUGGCUCAGUUGGUAGAGCAUGUGACCCUUGAUCUCAGAGUUGUAGGUUUGAGCCCCAUGUUGGCUGUAGAGAUCACUUAAAAAUAAAAUCUUUAAAAAAAAAAUCAUAUUCAAUAAAAGGUUCAGGAAGCAAAAUUUUAGUAGCAGCACUAUAUUAGAAAAGAAAAAUUGACAUACUAGGUAAAAAUCUAAUAAUACCAAUAUAACAUUAAAAUGGGAGGGCAAGAAGCAGUAUAAGAAAUUGAAAACCCUUCACUUUCAGUUUAAUAAAUUGACUGUCCCCUGAUGCUCAAGAGGUUUGUGUAGUUAACUGCAGAGCAGUAGCUUCUCUGUCUGGGUUGAUGAGUCAACAGAUUUCACGAAUAUUUGUCCUACUGUUGCCUUCGUAAGGUUGGUGAAUGAUGACAAAAUUCAAGAAAGCUUGUUCUGUCUGCUAUGAGAGCCUCUCAAAGGCAAUAUAAAUUUAAUGGCUCUUUAUAUCUGAAGACCGAAGGUCUGUCAUCUCUACUCCCGGUGCUCAUUCAUGGUUGACUCCAUGACCAGUUUUGCCUCAUUCUGGUAAAAGAAAAUGCUGAUGUUGAUGUUACAGCACACUGCUUUCUUCCCAGAGAGGUGCUGAUAUAAAACAAUUGGAGUCGAAAUGAAGAAGGUUCUGGAUAAUGCUGCAGAAAUGGUUAACUUUAUUAUGACCCAUUUAUGCAAGAAUGUUUAAAAAUAAAUAAAACUCAAAUCUGAACAAGGAGCACAUAAAUCUACAUACAGAAAUCUAGUGGCUUGUUAGAAGCGUUCUCAACAGGAUAUUGGAGCUGAAAGGUGAAUUGCCAGAGUACUUCUAAGAAUAUACUAGGCCAAAUUUUGCGGAGUGCUUUGGAGAUGAAAGAUAGCUAAGACACUAGUCUAUUUAGCAGACAUUUUUUAUCACAUGAACAAACAAAACAAGUUUCUGCAAGGUUCCGGAGAAAAUGUAUUUUCUUACGAGUGAUAAGAUUCUUAAAUUGAUAGGAACUGACUUCUUGGAACAGUCACAUCGCCAAAGGAACUCUUAAAAUGUUUCCAUAGCCACUUGGCCUUGAGAAUGAAGAAAAGAUAGCAACAAGUCUGAGGCCUUAACUGAAACUCUCUGUGAAGAACUGCAAAACCAAAUUAAACAGUCUUUCCCCCUCCUUUUCUCUUUUUUUUAUAUGGUUUAUUAAUUUUUGAGACAGAGAGACAGAGCAUGAGAGGGG